GGCGACGCUGAGAAGCGGCCACGUAUAGGCCACAGAGGCCACGCGUCGAGCACUUGAGAGGAUCGCGACGGCCGACGCAGACUUCAAUUCACCGCUUAAGUACUGUCCAGUACGGUUUGCGUCUUCGCAGGUCACAUUUGGGGGUGAUCUACACACCCCGCAGCCCGCAAUGCGAGCUUCGUCGUCGGUCGCAGGCAGCAGCAAUACCAGCAGUCCUCAGCGGCUGCCGCCAGGGGCUGCAACAGCCUCCGCAGCCCACACCACUCCGAGACUCAGCAGGACAACGAAGGGCCAGUCCCAGAAUGACAGCACCCAGUAUGCAUUCCACACAGCGAGCCGCAAAUCACGCCCAGAGCUGCACUGGAAGUACAUAGUUCAGAGCGAAAUCGUCAGCGUAACAAAUGCGCUCAAAAAGUCUCAACGAUGGGGCUUUCCGUCGUCUUCCUCCGAACGCAAAAGUCCCCACGGUGACCCCAACGCACCGGUAUUCACUCCCACUUACGACUUCUGCGUGGAUAAUGCAAGAUAUGGACACGUUAGCCUCGACGGUGUGCUGGAGUUUACGAAGAUGCAGGGGAAGAAUGCAAAGCAGGAGCUUGCUGGAUAUGAGAUGAUUCACGAGAACACACCCCUAUUGCAGGGCUUCUCUUUCUUGCGCGCACGUCUCACGCUGCUACACGAGCUCAGGGAUCUAGAUCCUGCUCUCUUGCUAGAGCCGUUUCUAGAGGUCAUUCGUAGUCCCGAUACUACGGGGCCUAUCACUGGGGCGGCUCUGACAAGCGUCGAAAAGUUUAUCACCUACCGUGUGCUGGAUCCUAACCACCCGGGACUACCUGCUGCUAUUGCUGCCUUGACGGACGCCGUAGUGCGUUGCCGAUUCGAGGCCACAGACACCGUGGCCGAUGAAGCGGUUCUGGCAAAGAUCCUUGCCUUGCUUCGCGUGAUCCUCACGUCGGACACGGGCCAAAAAUGUCUGCAUGAUAAGGGCAUCUGUGAGAUGGUGGAGGUGGCUUUCGGAAUGAUCUUCCAGGGUCGAGUCAAUGAGUUACUUCGAAGAUCCGCUGAGCAGACGUUGGUGGUUCUCGUACAAGCGCUGUUUGAAAGACUGUCCGCAAUCGUGAAAGCGAAAGAGCACGAAGCAAACUUCCAUCACACACGGACGAGAUCAACCGGCCUCGACCGCGAGCCGCAUCUGACCCACAAUCGAAGGGCAAGCUUUGUUGCUCCUGGAAUCUUACGGCGGGGCUCUCGGGCAGACUUGCAAGAUGGAAGCGGCCACGCCUCUUCUUCCCAAGCGGUGGACACCACGUCGCCGUCCAUCCAGAUGUUCGAUGAGCCAGAUGAAGGCGCUCCCCGAGACGUCAGUGUGAUAUCAGUUGGCGGUUCACCGGGAAAGAACGCAAAUGUCGAGCGGACUGGAGCAGAUGCCGAUGGACCACGGAUAGGAGUAUCGCGAAACGAGCGGAUAAUGGCCGACGGAGGGAUGCGAGUCGUGCGUCACGACAGCGGAGUCGCGCGGCCCGUAAACGACAACGCAGCACCUGCAGACGAGUCCCGUUCAGCAGGGAAGCAGCCAGAGCACCCAUCAUCAACAUCACCCAGCUCCUCCUCCCACCCUGCCAGUCCAGCAAGAUCAGCCGCACCUCCACCGCAGUACCUCCAACCGUUCGGACUGCCGUCGAUUUUGGAGAUGUUGCGUGUGUUGAUCACGUUAUUGGAUCCAAAGAAUCGGAUGCAUACGGAUUCAAUGCAUCGUACCAUUUCGUUGGGGCUUUUGCACGCUGGGUUGGAAGUUGGUGGGCGGUCGCUGGGGAAGCUGAUCUCGUGGGAAUUGCAUAGGGUUGAUAGCAAGCCUGCGCCCGCUCAACAAGCGCCAUCAACAUUGCCGUCCACUCAGAUCCCUACUGUGGGCGCUGCACCGGAAGGAUCCGGUGCCGCUGACACGGGCAGCUCAGCUGGGCCGGAUACCUCGGCGGGAGCUACUGGUGCGGAAGGAGGUCCCGCCGAGCGAGGAUCCGUCGCAACCCCUGAACCAGGCCUCACCGACCCAGACGCUGAAACCUGGGAAGAAGCGGAAGACCGCACAAUCCUCAUGGCCAGAGACCUUGUCACAAACGACCUCUGCAAGUAUCUCUUCCAGCUUCUCCAAAACAACGCCCUAGCCACCAACGCCACCCCUAGCGCCACCACCACACGUAUCCUCUCCCUCUCCCUCUCCUGCAUCACCACCCUCUUCCAGUCCGCCCCGCAGCAACUCAAAUUGCAGCAGGAGUGGUACCUGAACUGGGCGAUGGAGCGGUUGAAUGUCGGAAUCGCAUCGUGGGAUAUUGAGGAGUGGGAACGGAAACGGCCUGAUCGACCUGAUGAUUUUAGACAGAGUGCUGCGUCGGCGGCGGGGCAGGCGGCGCAACGGAGGGAGUUACCGAUUGGCGGGGAGGCGAGGGACUUGAUAUUGGAGAGCUUGUCGCAGCUCUGCCAUGUCCCCAGCUUUGCAGUCGAGCUGUACGUGAAUUACGACUGUGCCAUGGACCGGCCUGUGGAUCUGCACGAAGAUCUUGUCAAACUGUUGGCAAAGCAUUCUCUCCCCGACUUAACCCCCGGCGGGCCCGUAACCCACACAUCCCAACAAGGCAUCUGCUUUGACGCCCUUCUCGCCCUCCUCCAACACAUGGUAGAACGCAAAGGCUUCUCCCAACCCCAUCGCCCCUCAGCCCCCUCCGUCCCUGCACCGGACGACACACCCACCAACGACCUCUCCCCCGAACGCCUCCGCUACAAUAAAGAACGCAAGCGUGUGUUGAUGGAGGGCUCCAAACGCUUCAAUGACGACCCGAGGAAGGGGAUCGCGUUCUUGCAGGAACAUCAAUUCUUGCCGGAUCCGGUCACACCGGAUAGUCUCGCGAAGUUCUUGAAGGCGACCCCGAGCAUCAAUAAGGUGGUGUUGGGGGAUUAUUUGGCGAAACCGAAGAAUUUGGAUUUGUUGAAGGCUUUUGUGGGGUUGAUGGAUUUUGCGGAUAAAUCCUUUGACGACGCGAUGCGGACGCUUUUGGAAAGUUUCCGGCUGCCUGGUGAAGCCCAGCAGAUCGAGCGAGUUAUGGAAACCUUUGCCAACGCGUACUUUGACGCGGAUAAGAAAACCGGCCACCAGGAUUUGGAGAACGUUAAUGCGGUGUUCAUCCUUGCGUUUGCCGUUGUGAUGCUGAAUACUGACAUGUAUAGCAAGAAUGUCAGAGCCAAAAUGACACUGGAGCAAUUCGGGCGCAAUCUCCGCGGCCUUAACGGCGGUAAAGAUUUUGCCCCCGAAUACCUCGCCCGGAUCUACAAUGCUAUCAAGGAGAACGAAAUCGUCUUCCCCGAGGAACAUGCCGGCGACCUAGGGUUUAACUACCAGUACAGGGAGCUGAUAAAAAAAUCUGCGGAAGCGGGCCCGUUGAUCUCGUGCCAUACGAACGUGUAUGAUAAGGAUAUGUUUUUGAGUGUUUGGAAUGCCUUUUUGGCUUCGUUGUCUUAUGCCUUCGACAACGCCGAAGACGAGCUCACCCUCCAAAAAGCCAUCGUCGGGUACCACCACUGCUCGAUCCUUGCGGCAUACUACGGCAAUUUCGAGAUCCUCGACAAUGUCAUUGUCGCACUGAGCAAGAUGACCGGACUUCUGAAGGAAACGCAACGACUGCCGGCCCCGCGGACGAAAGUCGGCGGUGAGGCGCAGGACGCCUCGCGCGGGUCGGUGGAUCCAUGGAGCGUCGAGAUUGGUCGGAACUUUAGGGGCCAGAUCGCGGCCGUGUUGAUGUUUAGCUUGGUGGAUGAGUAUGGGACGAGUCUCAAGAAGGGGUGGCGAUGGGUCAUCGCCUGCGUCCGCAACAUGUUCCUCCACAACCUCCUCCCCGACUCCCUGAUCCAAGCCGAGGACUUCAUCAAAGGCACCAUCCUCAUCCCACGCGUAGCCGAUGCGGGCGCCGUGCAACGCGCAGCCGCGGCAAACGCGAGACGCGAAGCAGGACUGUUCUCGACGCUAUCCAACUUUCUGUCUUUGGGAUCCAAUACGGGGGAUGAGUGGGAUGAUUAUGAGCCUAUGCCGGGCGAUAUGGAGUGGCAGGAGCGUGCGAUACGAUGCGUCGCAGCUUGUAAGAUUGAUGUGAUGUUGGCUGAUACGAGAUUUUUGGAAGAAGAUACCCUCCGAUUCCUUAUCGAUGCCCUCGUCCAAGCCUCCAUAGCACCCGAAAACGGCGUGCCCGGCCAACUCAAAGCAAACGGAUCCCAACAGCAGCGACCACCUAACGACGACGGAUCUACAGGGCCGCCAUCUACCCCGCAAACGACGGUGGAACAGCCGCUGAAAUAUGAUACAGCGGUCGUGUUUUUGUUGGAGGUCAUUGUCUCGAUUGCGAUGCAUAACCGCGAUCGGAUAUCGGUUGUGUGGCCGAUGAUAGCGAACCAUUUCAGGAAGAUAUUGCAACAUGCGAAUGAACAUCCGCCUGUGCUGGUGGAGAGGGCUGUCAUGCAUCUCCUGAGAUUGAUUGGUCGGACUGGACAUAAGGACGAAAUGCUCCACCAACUAGUCGACGCCUUCACCCCCCUCAAAACCAUGUCUCAAGACUCUUUCAACGCCUUCGCCGAACAAUUCAUGACCGGUCUUGUCACCAUCCUCAAAUCCGACCCGACUAUCAUCACCCGCAACACCCGCUGGACUCUCUUCCUCGACCUCCUCGCCCGCGCCUCGAUGCAUCCCGAUGCAUCUCGCCCGAGUUUUGAGGCCGUGUGUAUACUGCUGAGCGAUCAUGUUGAUUCGUGUGUCAACCAGGAUAAUUUUGGAGAUUGGGUCGAUCUGCUGAUUGGGUAUGCGGCGGCUGCGGGGCAGGGUGGGGGGGCGACGAGUCCGGUUGGUGGGAGUGCGAAUCUGAGUGCGAGAGCGUUGGUCAACGGAACCGGUGGGAGUGGGAGUGGGCCGUCGAGUCCGAGGUUGGGGAGGGAGAGUACGGCUUUUAGGAGCCAAAUUAUCUCACAGGCGCAUGAGCAAGCACUGCGUGCGCUGGAAGAGCUGUACAGGCUCCACACCAGAAUCCCGGUUUUGGUGGAGAAGACGGGGAUGAACCGGAAUCGAGCCUUUUUCGAGUUCUGGCUCCCAGUCCUCUCCGGCCUCAGCCAACAGUCCUCCCACCCCGCCCUCCAAGUACGCGUCUGCGCGCUAACCUUCCUUCAACGCGGCCUCCUCUCCCCACAACUCGAAUCCGCCUGCUCAGGCGGCACCGACGGGGUCUCGCAAAACCUCUGGGCCGAAUGCUUCGAAAACGUGCUCUUCCCCAUGCUCGACGAGCUCCUCCGCCCCGAAAUGCAGAAACUGGACCCGAUGGAGAUGGAUGUCACGCGAAUGCGCGCCUCGGCAUUGUUGUGUAAGGUGUUUUUGCUGUCGGUGCCAAAAUUGCAGAUGUGGAGGGAUUUCCCGACGCUGUGGGGACGGAUAUUGGAUUUUAUGAGGAGGUAUAUGGAGGCUGGGACUUCGGAUUAUUUGCGCGAAGGCGUCCAAGAAUCUCUCAAAAAUAUGCUCCUCGUUAUGUCCACCCUCGGCGUACUAUACCCUCCCGCGGCGGACGCACCACAAAACCAACCGAAUCUGUGGGAUCCGACGUGGCGGUAUAUUGGUACAUUCCUGCCUGACCUCCAGUCGGAGCUGUUCCCUCCCCCGACGGCGCCGUUGCAGGGUGAUGCGCGGGUGCCGCAGCAGCCGCAGGUGGAGGGACAUCAGCAGCAGCUGGCGAGUCUGCCGGCGCAACAGACAUACCCCGAAGUGCAAACACAGCAUCAGCAGGAGUAUCAACAACACCAAGAGGCCUCAGCGACCCAUGAUGAGCACCACCAACAACCCGCCCACCAUCCAUAUCAACAAUUACAGUAUCAGCAAUCAUCCGCCACAGACGCGCUCGCAAACAUCGCAGCGAAAGCCGAGGCCCUCGCCGGCGCCAACGAGACGGCGCCUUGAAAGUAAAGUUAUGCGCAGGGGAUGCUCUGGGGGGCGUAUUCACUGAAUUCGAGAACAGUAUACUGUAUAUAUUCAUAUCGCCGUAUAAUCGAGACGAAACGUACUGUACGUGCAAAGCAGGUUAGGCCGUCGCUUUUGUGUUUGUGUUGGAUGUAGGCUAUUGUCACCUAGUACCUGUACAUAUAUGCAAUUCUGACCACAGUAGUCAUCUUCGAUGAUCGGCGGGUUGUCUAUAUGUACCUACUAUGUAUGUACAGUCCAUCAUAUCACGCCGUGUAUCCGGCCAUGGCGAGG